GUCACAUCCCUCUAUUGGUAACAUUGUCAUUCCAUCACUACCCAGUUCAGUUUGUACAAAGCGGGUCGUGUUUCCAGCGGGGCCACACCUCUCCCGCAGCGCUGGAUUGGCCCUUGUGUAUUCACUCCCUCCACUGAGUUCCGCGUUGCAGAGCGUUUAAGUUCUGCAGCAUUUCCCCCAGCUUCUUACUCUCGGGCUUCAGAGGACCAUCUGCCACCAUGUCUGACCAAGCAGCCUUCGACACCAACGUGGUCACCAUGACCCGGUUCGUUAUGGAAGAGGGCAUGAAGGCGAAAGGCACCGGAGAGCUGACCACGCUGCUGAACUCGCUGUGCACGGCGGUGAAGGCGAUCUCCUGCGCUGUGCGCAAAGCUGGGAUCGCCCACCUUUAUGGCAUCGCUGGCAGCACCAAUGUGACAGGUGACCAGGUGAAGAAGCUGGACAUUCUGUCCAAUGAUCUGGUCAUCAACAUGAUCAAGUCAUCUUUUACCUCCUGUUUGCUGGUGUCUGAAGAGAAUGAGAACGCCAUCAUUAUAGAGCCAGAAAGAAGGGGCAAAUACAUUGUGUGCUUUGAUCCUUUGGACGGCUCCUCCAACAUCGACUGUCUCGUCUCCAUCGGAACCAUCUUUGCCAUCUACAAAAAGACCACAGAUGAUGAGCCCUGUGAGAAGGACGCCCUGCAGCCUGGCAGGAACCUUGUGGCGGCAGGCUACGCCCUCUACGGCAGCGCCACCAUGAUGGUGAUCUCCACCGGCCAGGGAGUCAACUGCUUCAUGCUCGACCCAGCGAUUGGCGAAUUUAUCCUGGUUGAUCGGGAUGUGAAGAUCAAGAAGCGAGGCAAGAUUUACAGCUUGAAUGAAGGUUAUGCAAAGCACUUUGAACCCGCCGUCACAGAGUACCUGCAGAAGAAGAAGUUCCCUCAGGAUGGCACUGAGCCCUACGGCGCCCGUUACAUUGGCUCCAUGGUGGCAGACGUCCACCGAACGCUGAUGUAUGGAGGCAUCUUUUUAUACCCAGGAAAUGUGAAGAGCCCCAAAGGAAAGCUGCGGCUGCUGUACGAAUGCAACCCCAUGGCCUACAUCAUGGAGCAGGCGGGCGGCAUGGCCUCCACCGGCUUCGAGACCAUCCUGGACAUCCAGCCUGAGAGCAUCCAUCAGCGGGCUCCCGUGGCUAUGGGUUCCCCCGAGGAUGUGCUGGAGUACAUCGCCAUCUGCCAGAAACAUGCCAAGAAGUGAGACCGCACUGACUCGCUCUCAUAACCAGCACUCUCCGGCAAAGACCUCGUAUCUCCAAACUGUCCACUUUUAUGGGACUGAGGAAGUCGGCCUCAAUUUGAGCUUGAAGUAAAUGUAUUUUUAAUAAUGUCUGGUGGAGUUUGAAAUGGUUUCUUAAGCCCAAAAACAAAGUUGGAGUUACAAGGUUUUAAUGCCAUUCCAGCAAUAUUCAUACUCAUUGUAGAAAGCUGAGAAAGCUUAGAAAGAAGGUGGUUCAGUGGAAACAUGAAAACUGGCUCUUAAGCUCAAUAACGCACACAAACGCACACAUUCCACAAAAAACUACCAAAAUGUACCAAAGAAAAGCUUUUCCUCCUCACUUUACCUCCAUUUGUGCCUUAAUUAGAAUGAACAUACAUUCUAGACGAAUGAAGGACCAAAUACAAACCUCUAUGCAACAAAACCUGGUGCAAUUUUAUUAUGUGAACAACUACUGCUUGGAUUGAUGAAGUCUCUCAAUAAAUCAACAUGAGUCUCAGAAGACAAAA